AUGCCGCGGCCCUUCAACCCCUCAGCCCCACAGGUCAGCCUUGCCUCCGCCAGCCCGCCACUCCCACAGCCACACGUCCCGGCAGCCCUGCACUCAAAGUCCCGUGUUCCAGACCCUUGUUUAUCAGCCCUACGCCCCUCGCCAAUCACCCCUACGAUACUGCAGCCCCACGACACCAGCUUCUCGUCUCAGGAGCCUCUACAGGGCCACAACUACACGUAUGAACAGUCCUACAUACUCAAAGCCUCGUCUUCCAGCCCCUCGUCAACAGUUCCUUGUCUCAACCCCAAAGCCUCGCGUCUCAGCUGCACCACGCCCCCCGCAGCCUCGUGGUCAAGCACUUCACUGUCAUCCUUCAUCAGUAGCACGGCAGAUCCAAUGUGCCGCAGCCCUGGGUCACCACAGCCUGCAGAUGCAGAUGAUCUAGCCGGGUACAGCCUUACUAGGCAGGUCCGCCAUGACAGGUAUCAGACCAAAUGCGUCCUGAGCCAAGAUAUCAAAGUCAACGUAGUGAAGUAUUGGCUUCCCCACAGCUGUGACCCUCGCAUUCCCGCGCCGGCCGCCACACCUGACAGAGAUGAGUGGCGAAGGGGAGGGAGGACUUUCUCUCUCGUGGUGGACUCAAAGAUUCUCAAGAUACAUAACCAUAACCAGCUCCUCAUGCAUCACAAAUUGGUGCAAGACUGGAGGCUGGACUGGAGGCUGAUUGCACUCAUAUCUGAUAACAUGCUCACCUUCUCUUGCCGUUGUCAGCAAGUCCUGGGAAUGCUGAUGCAGUCCACCACCCACAUUCCUCAAGUUUCACACUACCUUCACACUAUCUAA